AUGACUGUAUAUGCACAUACGAACGAGGGUGUUCGACCUAGUCUGCCUACGUGCGUCGAUCGUCCGAUUCUCGACUGCAGCCUACCUGCGUGUAAACUAUUGCGCGCUUCGUUAAGUCUGCCUAUCUGCGUGAAAGUGAUACGCGGAAAGAGGCCGCGUUCAGAACUAACUAUUAUUUACGUGAUAGGGAAGAAGAUAUUGUGGAUGAUGAUAUAUUUGGAUAUAACGGCAAUUUCCCUGCUCUGCGUGGUGUCGUUGAUCGGGCAUCACCAAGCUCGCGCGGUGGUGAACAAAGCGCAGUCCCAGACGGUGGCCAACAACCGGGAGGAAGAGAAACGGAACGAGAUCAAGGCCGACGAGAGGAUAAGCAACUCGUACGGCCCACCACCGGACGAUUCGUACGGGCCUCCGCUCGGCUCGAGCUCGAAAGGGCCAGCGCCGGUGUACGGGCCGCCGGAGUUGGUCGGCGAUCACGGGCCAACGCCCGUGUACCCUCCACCUCCGCCCGACGUUCCACCGCCUGUGUGGAACGGGCCCUUGCCCUCCUACGGCCCACCCCCGCGAAACGUCAAGCCGUUGAAACAAACUUUCGCCCCUCCCCUCUCCCCUUUCCCCGCCAAGCUCGCCUACGCCUCGCUCAAACUCCACCACCACGGCCCACCCAAGCAACACUACGGCCCUCCCUAUUCCUCCUUCCCCUCCUCGCUCAGGCCGCCGAAACCCCACUACGGCCCGCCCUUCAAACUCAACACGCAACACUACGGGCCCCCCCCCGUCAUCCCCCUGUCGUUCGACACCACGUACGAGGUGCUCCCCCAAAAGGUGGCCGUCCAGUUCGUUUCCCAACCGAGCCACGGACAACCGCCCCCGCCACCGGUCGUCCCCCCGCCCGGCGUCCCGGCACCGCCGACACCCCCCGACAUCAAGUACGACGGGUGGCAACCGAUCGCGGGAUCGUCGUCGAGGCAACAGGGGGGCGCCUCGACGAUCGACGAGCACGACAACAACAACGAGUUGGAGGGAUCGUCGCGCGUUCAACAGUCGGGAACGGGCAACGGGAUCGCGGAGGGCACGCAGAGCGUGCCGAGCGACUCCUACGGCGUGCCGAUCCACAGCCCGGAGGCUCAAGACUUGAAGAGCUCGGUGAAGUCCGGGUCGAGCAGCAGCAAAGGUUUGCCACCGCCGCCGUUGCCCGAGUACGAGCCGUUCCACAACGAGAGGCCGCCCCACGAGGAUCGUCGGAACAACGCCGCGCAACAAGGUCAGGUGAAUUUGCGGUACGAGGCGGCCACGAACGCGGACCACCACCCGCCGCCGCUCUCCAUCGUCGGAUUCGAAUUGUUGCCCACCGUUCCCUCGCCCAUCGUCCUCCCCUCCGACCCCCUCGCCGGCCCCCUUCUGAAACUUCCUGGAACGGAGGCAGACGCUCCUCGCGCGUUCCACAACAACGAUUUGUCGGUCCAGCUGUCGGUGGUCAACGCGCCACCUACGUCCAUUAACUACGGCCCUCCGCCACCGCUCCCCCACCUAGCCCCGUUCAAGCCCAACUCCAUCGAGUCCGGAAUACCGUUGCCACCGCCCCCCGUCUUCGACUCCUACGGUUCACCUCCACCCUCCUCCUACUCGCCCAACGGACCCUACCCCUCCUCCUUCUCCUCCUUCGCCCUCCACGCCUCCCCUCCCCCCCUCCACAAGCACCACCACCGACCCCUCAGGCACCCCCUCUCACCCCCAGCCUCCCUGAUCCCGCCCAGGAACCGGGAACCCGUCAAGUUCAGAGAGUUCGAGCCGCCGAUCGGAUUGCUGAACCGAUACUUUCCCCAGCCAUCCAGGCAUUCGGUCGAUUCGGUCAAAUCUCCCCUCCUCCUCCCGUCGUCCUCGUCCUCGUUCGGCGUCGACGGGCAACAGCUGCCCUCCCUUCACGCCCCCCUCGCUUUCAAAAAUACCGCCCUCGACCCGCCGCCGAUAGCCGCAGCCCCGAACGCCCGAUACGGGACCCCGCUCUCGUUCGGCGGCUUCAACACCCCGUCCCCGGUGUUGACGUACGGGGCGCCCAACUUCGGCCCCGCCACCUCCUUCGUCUCCACCUCGACCGGGUUCGGGAACAAUUUGUACGAUGCCGUGGGCAACGUGGCCGUCACGACCACGUACGGCACCCCGCUAGUCAAUUUACCGUCGUUGUCGACAGGUGGUGGCCACGAUUGCGGUUUCCAGGUCGAGAGCGGGGCGACGCCGCUCGACCAGGCCUUCGCCCUCCCCCUGCUCGAUCAUCUCCCUCCUCCCCGAUCAUCGCCCACCGGCCAUCGCCUCGCCCUGCGCGAUUACCAGCAACCGAGCAGCGUCGAUCUCAAGGACAGUUACGGGGCCCCGAUCGCGACCUACAACAACGCCGCUGACAACGCGUUGUCCAGCAGCCACUCGGUCGUCGAGCUCGCCGACUCGGUCCUCUCCGCGCCCCACGAUCCAUCCUCCUCCUCUUCCUCUUCUUCCUCCCCCUCCUCAGCGGAGGAAUCGGUGGACCAGUUUCUCAACACCCAGGAGGGGAGCGAGGCUCUCUCCCUCGCGGCCAAGGGUCUCGCGGUGAACGGAGGGGACGGUUUCGAGGUGCAGGGCUCGAAGGGGACGUACACGUUGCAGAUACAAGCGGCGGACGGGGGAUUCGGGGCCGAGAACUCGGACGGGAGUAUAAGGCACGAUCAGGUGUUGUCCAACGGCCUUCUCCAGGACAUCCUCGCGGCUAUCGAGCAGCCCGACCAAGGGCGGGUGGUGGAGGUGCAAGGUCGGCCCGAGGCGCAGCAGUUGCAACGGGUGUACAACGAGGCGCGAGGGGGGACGAGCAAGGACGAGGAGGUUGGGAAAGACUCGAAACUCGCGGUGGAACGAGAAUCCGCGGGAAACGAGGCUGUUGCUCUCUUCUUCGACAAUCGGUACGGCGACUCGACGAGGAAGGAGAUAAGAUCGGUGGGCGAGAACGAUCGAAACCUAAUUGGAUCGUGA